GUUACUGAAAAAACUUAAAACCAGAAAUCUGGAACUGUAAGAGUUGACCACACCAGGCUGCUUCCAUUAUUCCAACUUUAAACAAAAAACCCCAAGAUCUCACAAUUUGUUUACUUUCUUAGAGACAACUCUGAACCUCUGCUUUACAACCUCUCUAACAGGACAAAAAAGCCUCUUAAAGUGAUGGCAUCGUCUCAAUUGAUUGGCUGAGGCAUUGCCUUGGCAGAAUAAAUUUGAAUGGUUGGCUCCCUUUACUUCUGGUUAUUGCAAAAACAGUGCAAGCCUUGAACAUAUUUUUCUUUGCAGAAAACAGCCCCUACCAUUGAAUGUAUGCCAUUCCUGGCAAGCAUAGGUGAACUAAACAAAAAGGGAGAUCGCGUAAUUAUAGCCCAUGGUGGUCGUGGCGGUUCGUUUGUGACUAACUUUCUGCCUUCUAAGGGGCAAAGCAGAAUUAUACGGAUGGAUUUGAAGCUUGUAGCUGAUUCAGGAUUGGUUGGGUUUCCAAAUGCAGGGAAAUCUUCAUUAUUGAGUCAGCUGUCUCAUGCCAAACCUAAGAUUGCAGAUUAUCCAUUCACUACCAUGAGACCAGAAAUUGGAAAGUUAAUGUACAGUGAUUACAAACAGAUAUCAGUGGCUGAUUUGCCUGGUUUGAUUGAAGGUGCACAUUUAAACAAAGGGAUGGGUCACAAGUUUCUUAAACACGUGGAGAGGACCAAGCAGCUUCUUUUCGUGGUGGAUGUGACUGGAUUUCAGCUUUCUUAUAAAGCUCCUUUGCGAACAGCUUUUGAAGCUAUACAGCUAUUAACAAAGGAGUUGGAGCUAUAUAAAGUAGAGCUUUUAUCCAAGCGUGCUGUUUUGGCUGUAAACAAAAUGGAUUUGGAGAAUGCUGAAGAGAAGUUUAAAGAUCUAAUGCAACAGCUUCAGAAACCUGAAGCUUUCUAUCAUUUAUUGCCAGAAGAGAUGAGACCCUUGAGACCAGUCCAGUUUCAGCACAUAAUCCCAGUAUCUGCAUCGACUAAAUAUGGAAUUGAAGAACUGAAAAACUGCAUUCGCAAAUCAUUAGAUGAUCAAGAUGAUCUAGAAAAUGAACAGUAUCGUCUUGAAAAAUUGCAGAGUUUACAUUCAAGUACUUUCAAAUAUACCUAGAACUAAUAAAGUCAGCAAUUAUUGGGCCAAAUCUUCCAUACUGGAGAGAUGGGAGGCUUAUACUGCCAUUCAUUUUCACAUGGGUCAGGAAGAUCAUCAGAGAAAUGUAAAAGGACUAGUUGCAAAUCAUUCGAUGAAGCUUGAUCUUAAUAAUGCUGCUGCACUUACGUGUACUUCCUCAAAUGAUUAUGAACACCCAGAAUCAUGCAGCACAAAAGGUCAUUUGAUUCUUUACAGCUAUUGCCUUUUUAAGAGCUAUUUAUUUGUGUCACAACUGUGCUUCUUAUCUGUAGGCUUGCAAAUGUUUGCUUUCAGGUAUUCAGCUAUUGCCAUUUUAAAAAGUUUUCACUAUGUCUUUUUCCACUAUGUUUUAGGUCAUUCAUUCCGUAUCAGAAUUAGUGGGGAAGUAAAAACUUGCUAUUUUCAGAACUUUCACCAUUCAGCCACACUAUCCCUCUCAUCAGCAGCAGAGUUAAAAUUGAGACCUUACAGUCCACCAUUUGAAAGGUUUAGAAACAUGACAUUGCAUGACAGAAAUUGCUUAGAAUUGACACUCUCUCCUUGGAAAAGAAGUUUGAUCAGAACGUGGUAAUUGUCCAUGGGUAUGAGAAAAAGCUAUAAGCAGCAAAUGUGUACUAGGAUGGAGUCGCAAGUGGACAAAGGAGAAUACAACAGGAGAAGGUCCACAUGGGAAUGGUUUGUUACGCAUUUUAAUGUGUUUCAAAAACCAAGUAAUAAAAAGCAAAAUAAUGAAAAAUGAAUGUGUUAACCUUAA